CUCGUUGGUUCGGGUUCUUUGUUUUAGGGUUUGUUUUCUUUUGAAGGUUGCUUGGUUUCAGGCCGUUAUUCCUUCAUUUUUUCUCUGGUUUUUUUUCUCUCGUUUUGCAAUGGCCGAGGACGGGAGGGUUCGAAUAGAGAAGUUCGACAGUACUGAUUUUGCAUGGUGGAAAAUGCAAAUAGAGGCGUUGCUUGGUGAGUGCAAUUUGGACAUGGUACUGGAAGAGAAACCGGAUGGAAUGGAUAAGGCUGCUGAAGCAAUUUGGGACUCAAAGGACAAAAAGGCAAGAGGUAGAAUUACACUAGCUUUGACAAGGAGUGUGGCGUUUAAUAUCAUGAAGGAAACAACUGCUCGUGGUAUGUUAACAGCUCUGUCAAAUAUGUAUGAGAAACCGUCGGCCGGUAAUAGAGUGUUCAUGAUGAGAAUGAACGAGGGCAGCCCAGUUGCUGAUCACAUUAAUGAGGUCAAUUCGAUCUUGUUGAGGUUGUCAUCAGUAGGCAUGAAGUUCGAUGACACUCAGGCUGUGAUUCUGUUAUCUUCCUUGCCUGAUAGUUGGCCGGGAUUUGUGACAACGGUUACUGAAACUGCUGGAACAGGAAACUUGAAGUUUGAUCGAAUACGGGAUAGUGUUUUGGGUGAAGACAUUCGCCGGAGGAACGCUAGUGGAGGAUCUACUUCUGCGUUACUCAGUGUUAGCAGCGGAAGAGGUAAUUACAGAAACAGUGGGAGUUGUGGGAAGAGCUCGUCUAAGGCUGGAAAGAAAGUGGUGUGCUGGGUGCAGAGAAGUUGGCAUGGAAAGUAUGUUGACUCUUGGGUCAUGGAUUCUGGUGCUUCGUUUCACGCCAUGCACAGUGGUGAGGCGAUGGUGAAUCUCAGUGGGAGCAUGGGACGUGUGUUCGGCUCCUAUAUGCUGAGCAAUACAUACAUGGCAUCGACUUCGUUGUCUCCUGCUGUGGUUGGACGAGCCAAUGCAACUAAACCAACUUCACCCACUGAAAACACCAAUGAUGGUCAUGUAAAUGGCGACAGUGCAGGUGCAGGCAGCUGGAUUUCUUCUUUGCGCCGCAUCUCUUCUGCAAAGUGAAAAGUGAAAUGUUAAAUACUAGUUGCUCAAGUUGGGUGCAUUCCUGCUGUAUCACUUAGAAUAUGAAAGGAUGGCUAUGAGAGGGAGAUUAAUAAUUUCAUUCUACUUGUUCAAGGCUGUGUUUUGAAGGGGAUGCAUCAAGAGGCGGCAAGCUGGGGCCUGAGAGCACAUUCCUCUCUAUUCAUCUUGUCAAGGCUCGGGAUUUGAUUUUCUUGGUUACCAGCUGCCACUGAUUGAAUGGUUCAGCAACACAAUUCUUUUAUUGUGAAGAUGGUACCAGAGGGCCCAUGGAUAAGAUUAUGCAACUGCUGUUUUGCUACAACUAGAUACUCAGGGGUUAUUCUAUUGUUUUUUUACUGAACCUACUUUCCCCUUCGUGUCUUUCAAGGCAGAUCUGCCCUUGGAGUUCCGAAGGCUGCCUGCCCAGUUGUGCUUGUGGUAAAUGUAUUCACUCAAGUCAACAGUUCAUUCCUGCUAAAUUAAAUCAUUCGGUAUAAAAAGCUCAGCUGUGAAGAAUUUAUGUUUAAUACAAGUAUUAACAUGCCUUGUAUUUCCACCUCAACAUCUAUCCUCGUCAUCAUAAAGAUCUUAGGCAAACGCCCCCUUAAAUAAAUGGUGGGCAAGGAAAGGCUCCUUCCAUGACCCCUAAAUCCUAAUGUAGUUAUAUGUUAGUCAAUAGCAUUUGUAUAUCCAAACUUAUUUUUGGCAUCGAACAAACAUAGGCAUAAUAUACACUCUAAUGCCUUUUAUUUUCAGUGCACGAGCCAUUGUUCUCCUUCAUCUUCUUGCACCUUUAGGCAUAAUAACGCGUGAAUCUCUCUGCCCGAGUGGUGUAGCUCAGAUGGUUUAAAGGUGAGAGCAAAAGGAGGUGA